GUCGCCUUCACCAAGACGCAUAAAGAUGACCGAGCGAAGCAGUUUACGUGGGAAGGCACGCUCAACGACGCUGAAGACGAGCUCAGAGGAACGUAUUGCUAUGGCCGGCCCGUCGACGAUAGCACUACUUUCCCGGUAAUCAAGUCCGGCGAGGGUAUGGGAUCGUUCAAGUUGAACAAACGCCCGCUCUAUUACCAUCUGUACCGCCCUCCGGACGCAGCAUUCGACUACAACAAAGCGCGAGCGCUUUGGCGGUAUGCCUUAGACUCGGUCCUGCACGCUGUGCGGACCCAAGGGCGCAAGCUCUCAUGGGAUUUUCUCAAGGACCGCCGACAUCGACGAGCCGAAUACGUCGAGCGAUUCAUGCAGCUUGACGAGUUCAACGGAAACUGGAAGGAUCUGACGGUCCGCGAUUGGAUUGACGGGGGUGAAGCAAUGGGGAUGUUGAAGAUUGAGAUGACCGCGACAGCGGCAGAUAUCGCCUUCUAUCGAUCAUUGGCCAGGUGCAUCAUGCUCAGAGAAGUCAUCCACGCCGGUGUAACAUGCUUUGUAUGCCGGCGCCGCGAGGGAUUCCCGGCCACACGUGCGACCUGUUUGGAAUGCUCUUCGGCGAGCAAUGGUAUAGACGGGGACACGCUUGACUUCUGCGCCGAGCACAUGGUGUGCGACUCCGCGUAUGGAGACGACGAGAACGCCCACAAACCGUCGCAUCGGAUAGUGCAGGUCCGUAAGUCUAUUCCUCAACGACUCAUCCAUGGGGUCGUCAGCAAAGCGCAAGACCAAGUACAGCUCAUGGAUUCGUUCCCAACACAUACCGACGAGAACGACAACUGUGUCAUGCACCCGAGAUGCAUCAGGUGCAACAAAAUCCCGGAACAGCCCUACUGGUAUUGUUUGGAAUGCAAUGGGAGCACAUACAUGUGUAUGUCCUGCAACGUCAAAGACGAGAAAGAACGCCUGUCUCGCUUUGCCAGUCGAGAGGACUAUUGCUCUGCUGCAGCUAACACUAUGCAAGGCCACAAGUGGACGCAUUCCAUGAUCCUGUACCAAGUCGUACCCGAGAUGGAGGAGCCGCUCUCCGUAGAAGAUCGGUUAUCGAGUAUGGAGGAGAACAUUCGAAAUCUUGAGGACUCAAUUCGUUCUCGCGAAGACGAGUUCAGCGAGCAGCUUCAGCGCCUGGAAGGGAUGCUGACGCAGCUCGUGUCGAUGCUGGCGGAAAAGCGUGCCGGUUAGUAAUUUAAGGGAGUGUUCGGAAGAGGCUGCAAUGGUAUAAUUGAACGUUGUAUCAACCUCUUUCUCUGAGCAUUUCUGCUAUUAUUC